AUGGUGGAGAGGCGGUGCACCACACAUCUCGUUCCUCUGCUACUCAGCCAGGAACACCACCUUCUCCCCAACCCCAAUCCCUCCCCCCCCCCCCUUUCCUCUCACCUGCCGCACAGCAAUGCAGUCCGCAUGGCAGAUGGUGGAGAGGCGCACAGCAAUGCAGUCCGCAUGGCAGAUGGUGGAGAGGGGAGAGUCACUCAGGCACUCAACCCUCCACACAUCCCAUCACUCUGUUACUCAACCCAACAGACACACUCCCUCUCCCUUGUCCACCCCCCCCUUCCCCCCCUCACCUGCAGCACAGCAAUGCAAUCGGCGUGGCAGAUGGUGGAGAGGCGGUGGGCCACGACAAUCGUGGUGAGUGAGCAGGUGAGCGAGCAGGUGAGCGAGCAGGUGAGCGAGAAGGUGAGCGAGCAGGUGAGCGAGCAGGUGAGCGAGCAGGUGAGCGAGCAGGUGAGCGAGAAGGUGAGCGAGCAGGUGAGCGAGCAGGUGAGCGAGCAGGUGAGCGAGCAGGUGAGCGAGCAGGUGAGUGAGCAGGUGAGCGAGCAGGUGAGCGAGCAGGUGAGCGAGCAGGUGAGCGAGCAGGUGAGCGAGCAGGUGAGCGAGCAGGUGAGCGAGCAGGUGAGCGAGCAGGUGAGCGAGCAGGUGAGCGAGAAGGUGAGCGAGCAGGUGAGCGAGCAGGUGAGCGAGCAGGUGAGCGAGCAGGUGAGUGAGCAGGUGAGCGAGCAGGUGAGCGAGCAGGUGAGCGAGCAGGUGAGCGAGCAGGUGAGCGAGCAGGUGAGUGAGCAGGUGAGUGAGCAGGUGAGUGAGCAGGUGAGUGAGCAGGUGAGUGAGCAGGUGAGUGAGCAGGUGAGUGAGCAGGUGAGUGAGCAGGUGAGUGAGCAGGUGAGUGAGCAGGUGAGUGAGCAGGUGAGUGAGCAGGUGAGUGAGCAGGUGAGUGAGCGGGGACACAUAUGA